AUGAAAGAGCAGGCCCGCGAAUUGGGUCUUAUUCAAACAUCACAACACGACCAAGACCUUUCUUCCAUCAAAGUCGAAAACUGUGUGGGUUUCACCAAAGUGCCCCUCAGCCUAGCCGGCCCUUUACGGAUUGUCGGCCGCGGUGUUGACAGAAGGUUGUACCCACCAUUGGUAAUCUACGAGGCGAUGCUUGUUGCCAGUUGCCCCCGCGGCUGCAAAGCCUUUGACUCUUCUGGUGGGGUGCAGGUUCACGUGUUUGAAGAUGGCUUGUCUCGAGGCCCUGUCUUCAUCUUCAAGGAUCCUGGCGCUGCGAUAGCCUCGCACAAAGCGGCCCCGACAUUGCAGGAUGAGUUUGCAGGGUGGUCGACGUCGAUGGGCUGCUUCUUGAAGUUAAAGAAACUGAACCCCUAUCCUUAUGGAGACGCUGCCGGGCAGAACAUGACAACCAAGGCCACCUCUUACGCACGCGACAUGCUCUGA